CAGUGAAAUAUUUAAUUCAGAAAAGCUUAAUUAGUAAAGUUGCUUCAUUAAAACAUAAAUAUUUCAUGAAAUUCAAUUUUAACUUAACAACCUCAAAAUAAUUGACAAUGGCUCAUUUGUUUGAUGCCAAUUUGGUGCGUUUGCUGUGUUCCUGUGGACUCAUGAAGCCCAUCACUGGCAUCUACUUCUGCCGUCAUUGUGUCAAGCUCCGAUGUUCAAACUGCGUUUCUCACGAGUUGGACAUGCGUUACUGCCCCAACUGCCUGGAAAACAUGCCUGCUCCAGAGGCAAGGCUCAAGAAAAACAGGUGUGGCAACUGUUUUGACUGCCCAAGCUGUGGACAAUCACUGUCUACCAGGCUGAGCAUCCAGAGCCCUGACCCUGAGCAGCCCAGCCGCAGCAUUCAGCGCAAGCUUUACUUCUUGUCGUGCUCAGGGUGCCGCUGGACUAGUAGGGAUGUUAAUAUCCCUGAUCAAACUGUUGCUACAGGUGGCUGGCCAGAGCAAGAGCCCCCCAACAAGGAGCGAAUCUUGAGUCUGCUGGAGCACUACAGAGCUGUGGCGCUGCGUGACAAGAUGGACAGGGAACGUAAAAAGCAAGCAGCAGCACGUGUUAAGAAAUCUCCGGCGUCAUUCCUGCGCUCUGGUGACGCGGGGGCAGACAAGCUCUCGAGCGUGUCCAGCAGCCUCGCCAGCGCCAAGAAGAGUCUUGCUGCCAUCAACACCUAUGCCCAUAAGGGCGACACGCCGCUGACCUCUCAACUGACGCCCGCGGAGGCGAGUGAGGAGGUCGAGGGCUUGCCGGACGACAUCUUCACCGAGCCUGUCGUCCUCGCACAAGUAUGCAGUGUGGAGCAACGCCUGCGGUCGCCAGAACAACAGCCCAGUCAGAGCUCCUCCCUCUACCCGCUGCACAAGCACAUGCUUGUCAAGCGCAGCCUCAGAUGCCGUCACUGCGAGCACAACCUUAGCAAACCAGAGUACAACCCUUCCUCCAUCAAGUUCAAGAUCCAACUCGGGGCCUACUACCACGUGCCUGACGUGCGGCUGGUGCGCCCCGUGCCCCUUAGUGUGGGGCAGGAGGCGCGUGUCGAGCUCUCGCUCUGCAACCCCACGCCCCACCUCAUGCCCCUUGCCCUCCUCCCCUUCCUGCCACACCUCACCACCGCACACAUCGAUGCUGGAGUGACAGCAUCAUCCCCUGGGCCGCGCUUCAUUGAGGUGCCCACCGAGAGUUGCCUGCCGGAGCUGUGCACCAGCGUCACGCUGCCACAGGGACAGCUGCUGCUCGCGCCCCGUGACGACACCGCCGAGUACGGCGACGCUGACGCACACAAUUCCUUCAAAGACGACCCUCAGGUGGUGACUUGGCGCCGCGCCAACAAGGUGGGAGUGACGGUGUGUGUGACGCCUGAAGCUGUCACAGAUGCUCUCUACAUCGGCUUCUUGCUGCGCUACGACUACACCAACAACAUGAUAUCUGCAAGCUCCGGACUGUCGUCAGUGGGGCCCGUAUCACUGGGUCCUUCAGCAGACCUCUCAUCCCUGGGCUCGGGCCCGCCUUCUGGUCCCAGUUCCUUGACGCCCAGCGUCGAGUCUCGCACCGUCACCCUCAACGUGCCCGUCAUAAUCAAGCUUGGCGCUGUCAGUGCAAGUGCCUCUGAGUCUACUGCCUAGCUUUGCAACGCGUUCAAGAAACUUCUAACAUACAGUGUUUGGACGGAAUCUUGAACAAGUGCAGAACGCAGCAUCGAGUGAACAGUGAAGUAAUUACCUAGCAUGAUGGCAUUAGCCCGUGGAAUUUAAGACUGGCCCGACUGAAUCCUGGCCGGUCUCACCUGGUGAUUUACUUCUCUCGAAAUUCUUUGGAAUAUAUUCAACGAUUGUUAUGGCCCUCACAUUAAGUUUAUGAACCAUGUUUAUAUCAAUGAUAUUUGAUGUAAGGUUGGGUUCUGUGAUGCUCUAGAAUUAAAAGCAUCCAGCCCAUGUUUCUUACUGUGAAGUGGGAGGUAUAAAAGCAUAGAGGCUUUCGAGCCUUCUUGUUCUACAGGAACUCGGUUAAAGCUUGCGAUAAGAGACCAGCACAAGCAGCGAUCAGAGAACAACCGCGAAGAAGUGUCAUCGUCUCGCAUUAAACCUACUUACAUCCUGUGGAUCAGUAGCAUCAAUAAAAGUAAACGAAAUUAAAUAAGUGCAAUUACUACCGCUAGGAAAUUGAAGUAUUCUUAAAACCAACCUGGUUGACCAAGUAAAUCGGUGAACUGUUCUGACAGCAUUAUUUGCACACUUGUUAGAUAUUUUUUACCUUGAGACUGAGUAUUGCGAGAGGCGUCUGUACAGCAAUGCAAAGCCAGUUUUACAGACUGAAGACAUUCUAUUCGAUCUUCUUCUGCACACCUGUGAUUCCAUGAGACGGUGACGCUUCAUCCUCUGCAACUAAGUUACCGUACUCGCUCGUUGAAGGUUGUCAUUUCUUGAGCUUGCGUGUGGCCAGGAGGAUGUAGCCGCUUUCUGCAAGCGCGCGGGCAUCUUGUGCGCCAUGAACUAUGCCAAUUUAUAUUUCUCAAUUUGUCCGCGCUAUCAAUUGGACAAGUGUAAACUCGUCUAUUAUUUACCGCAAACUGCACUAAAUUAACGUUUAUGAUGUUUCCUUCGCUACCAUAGUUAAGGGGCUUGCUUUGCAAUAUAUAUAUAUAUAUAACUAAACCCAUCCUUCUGAGUUAAAGCUUCACGCGCUGUGCUUGUAUCCGAGAGCAGGAGUGGCCUGCUUUGCGGUAUAAGAAAAGAAUUGUCUGCAAAACAUAUUUAAUAGAAGUAUACAAUGAUUAUAUAUCAUCUCCAUCACCUGCACCAAGUAUUUAUUUCCUUGCUAAAUCCUAUGGUAUCGACUACUUCUUACAGUAAAAAAAAUCUAGUAGUGUUAAGUCCUUACGUUGUUCGCAAAAUCACUGCAAGUCCUGCAUAGCACUCUUCAAUUAGCGGCACAAAUAAUGUCGAUGAUGUAAUCAUGCAAUCAAUCUUUAAGAACAAAUUCCUAAGCUCAAGAUCAAUCACUUCUGCGAGAAGGUUUCAAGGUACUUUUCACGGCACACAUUUGACCUCGACUAAAAUAUGGAAUUUGCUAAUAAACUGAAUCAACUAAUACAUUAUUAUUGUGAAUUUC